AUGUGUCUCGCAGAAAACGUCUACUACGUCGACUGCGGCUGCUGGCAAGGCCACCACAUCUGCUGGGAAUGUCCCAAGCGGGUCCCCGGCGCGGGGGCCGUCCACUGUCCGGACCUCUCCUGCUCGGGUGUGUACCGCCAACCCGGCAAGUGCCUCGUCUGCCGCCGCCGCGAAAUUCAACAAAGGACCGUUUUCCCGCUGUCGUCGCCCCCGUUGUCGUCGUCGUCCCCCUUGCCUCCUCGCCCUUCAAAGCUCGGUAAGGAUGAGGAUGAUGACGACGAUGAGGGCCAGGGUAGAGUCAGUUUCCUGCUCCUGGCUGAGAUACUCCGCCGGGCCGUGGAUGAUAACAGAGCGGACGGCUCCUCGUCUCGUUUUCGGUCUGAUACGGCGAGUUUGUUUUUCCUAGGUGAUGGUGGUGAUGAUGAUGAUGAUGGACCCGUGUUGACGGACACUGCUGACGGAGAGUUGACGUUGAUGAAGGCUUCGGAGCAGACUUUCGAGACUACAAGUACCGCCUGGCAUCAUCAGUGA